UAUGGCGCGGAAACUGAAUUUCAAACGAACGAAGCCUUUUUCUUUCCGAUAAAUAAUACCAGGUUUGCAGGAAAAGAUUUUGUUAGUUAUUUUUCUUCGAUUUGAGGUUUGAUAGCUACUUUUGUGACUUUUAGUUUCAUUUGCACAAGAAAAUAUAAUUUCUGCAGGGCAGCAACACAUCAAUAAUUUGUGAAGCUGUAAUAGUAUUAAGCUUAUGACGUUAAGAGAUACACAGCAUGGAUGAUGUAGUUACUCUAAAUCAAAUAUGAAGAAACAGAGCAAUAAGAAGAGAAGAUUUAUCAGGCCAAGUCCAAAUGAAGAGGCUGCCAUUGUUCAAAGUGAACAAGAAAGAAGAAAGAAGAUCAGAUUAAAGCAGGUCAGAGAACAAGAAAAGGCUUUUUCUCUUAAAGUCCGCAAAAGCAUCAAAAAUAAAAGAGACAGUGAGWUGAAAAUAUUAUCAGAGGAAUUGCAGAAACAAUGGACUGAAAAGCAACUCAUUGAGCAGAAAACCUUAGAGGACAAAUAUAAUAAAAACUUGACGAGGCUGGGAGAUGGACAUACAGCUGCUGUUGUGGAUCAGAAUACUCACAAGAAAGAUGGUAGGGUUCUCACAAAGGAAGACAAGAAAAGAGCCAUUGACAGGCACAAUGAAGCCCUUCAUCAGCUUAUACUUAUGAAGGAAAAAGAACAAGAAAUACAAAGAUAUCAAACUAAUGCAAGAGUGAAGGCAAUUGAAGCUGAAAAAGCAAGAUCUGCUGUUAUUGCUUCUCUUCCUCCACCAAAAGAUAUAUUGCUAGAUUUGGAGCUUGUCAAAGAUAACAAACCACAAACAAAGAAAGCAGAAGACUACAAAUCUACUCAUUUCCACCUUCAAAGACCAAUGAUUCAAGUGGAAARAAUGGACAAAGAUAGUCAGGCCGAUGCAAGAUUUGCAGCCAAAGUUGCAGAGUUUGAGAUUCAAGGUAACCUUGAGGAAACACAGAAAAGUMAGGCAGAACAAGCAGAAAAGGCUCUGUUACGGCACAGACAUGCAUUGGCACAGUUAAAGAUUGAAGAGGAUCACAAAAGAUUAAUGGGUGAGCUAGGAGAAUUGGAACGAAUAGACAGACAAAGACGUCAAGAAGCUGUAGCUAAAAUACCAGUACGAAUAUUUCAACCUCCCCACAAGCGUGUUGAAGAUGCUGAAGAAAGACAACGUGAUCUGGAGCAAGCUUUUGAAGACAUGUACAUGAUACAAACAGGGUAUACUGGUGACUUGACCAUUGCACUUGAUACAACUGAAGACCCUCUUAUUCCAGAACAGCACCAAUUCUUAGUUCCAGACAAAAGAAAUGAAGAUCAACAGGAGGAGAGCAUUCCAACAUUUCCUCCUGAAGAAUGCCGACCGACAGAAGRUCAUCAAGACACCAUAGAAUCUCAAGAAGAUGUUGGUCCUCCUGGAGAGAGUGUCAUUGAAGACAARGAACAGAGGGAUACAGUGCCACCCAAAGGAGAAGAUGCUGUGAAAAGACUCCUUCUGCGWAUCCAAAGACAACGRGAACAAGYCAAGGAAGUAAGGCCAAUUGAGGCAAAGAAAGAUGAUAAAGACCAAAAGACUCCUGUUCAUAAAGCGGGAAAGUCAACAGGCUCGAGGGUAAAUAUUAUGACACCUCUUCCCGAAGAAGAAGAACAUCUAUCGGACGAAGAUAUCCCACGUAUCUUCCUACCGCGUGCACACCAUGACACGAGGGAAUCUGCUCCUAAAGAUCUUUCAAAGGAUUCUGCAGGAAAUGCUCGUGAAGUGCGAAUGCUUCUUCACCCGCAGGAAGCAGCAAGAAAGGCAAGAGUGGUGGCUAGUUUAAAGGAGAARGAGAACAUCGCACCUAUCCAGAAAACAACGCCUUCUGCUAGUGAUGAAGAUGAACUUCAGAAACAACAGCGACUGAUGCAACAACUAGAGGAACAACGACUCAUUCAACAACGUCUUGAAGACCAGCUCAAAGAAUACCACAAGAGGGUCGAGGUUCUCCCCAGUGAACCAUCCCCAGAACCGUAUCCAGACCCAUAYGAUGAUUUUSAUGAUAGUGCUCAAGGGCAAUCUAGAGAAAGUAACAAAAAGGAAAAGACAGAAAAGGAUGGGCUCGUAAUAGAAAGCAAAGAUAAAAAAAWUAUCGAAGAAAAGGAGUCUAUUGAAGACGGAGUUGGCGAGGGAUCUCUAUCUUCCAUAGAAACUGGUGCACUUUCUCUUGAAGAGCAAACGGYUGAUGAAACUUCAGAAACGUCGAGCAGUGUUUCCGGUGCUGGUACAACAUCAGAGAGACCACAGAAAAUCUCUCCAGCAUUAACAAAACUGCAUCACCAUCUCUCUACUUCCACAACAGAUAACAGCAGUCGUGCUACUUAUGAUUCAAAUCAUGACCACUUUCGUUCAGCRGGACCUCGUGAACAGUCUUCGUUAUCUUUUAAAAGGCUUGAAACAACAGGAGACAGCUUUCCUAGGGAAAGUUCGUCCGAAUCAGAGGGCCGACAGGAGUCUGAAGAUUUAUCAUCYAGUUCUGGAUCAUUGGAUUUCAGGCACGAACAAAUUCCUACAAGUCGAUAUUUUUCGCAUGGAAUUGAUCGCACGCUACCUUCAACAACACUAAGUUCCGACAGCAGUARAAAUAGAAUCAGCAAUAAACCAGGCGCAAAUCUUAAAUCAUCAAGCGACACGAUUACUACGUCUUAUUCUGGACCUUUCCAACGAGUGCAAGAAAUACAAAGCUACUUCCAAAGCCCCAAUCUAAGAACAGCUGAUGUAGUUAAUGUUACCCCAAGCCCAUCUGUUUCUCAGUCUACGCCUCCAUUAUCCAAGCCUCCURGAGGGACACCUAACUACUUAGAAGAAUAUCGAAGAAAAUGGGAGGAAGAAAAAUUGCUAAUAGAAAAUCAGCGCCAGAUAAUAAAACAAAAACAAGAACAACAACUUCAACGUAUGCGAUAUUACAAAAAUAUCUUGGAUAGGUACGAAAAGGGUAGUUCCAGUGAUGUGGAGAAGGCACCUAGAAUACCCAUGACGAGUACUACAUCUACUAUACAAGGUCAAUUAGCCGUUAGGCCUGUUACUAGACAUGCAGAUGACAUUAGCRUUCUCAAUAAAGCAAAUGAGAACGCACCUGGCAGUAAGGAAGCUAAUCACUUUGCUCGUUUACAAGAAAGUUCGAGCAGCUCUGAUAACAGUUUUAGAAAGUCUCUUCCGUGGACGAGUGAUUCAAAUAGCUCUGGGCGCCUUAGACAUCGAUUAACRAUGACCUCUCGAAAAUCAACAUCAACGAGUGAUUUUAGUCUUCCAUCGAGUGGGACAGAAUAUCGCUCCCUCCCAAUUUCACCAAAUCCAUCAGUCCUUAGUACAAAYCUCGAUCUUGCUAAUGGAAGUAGGUCCUCAAURACAACACUGUCUGAACUACACGAAAUGAUGUCAAAGUUUACCUCCUCAAGUGAGAAUGAGAAGCAGACUGGGAGGAUGAGCUGGUCUGAAUAUUUAACUGAGGGAACCUCCCCAAAGAGAGGUGCAACAGAGAUCKCUCCAGGUGCUCCUUUUAGCACACAGGAAUCUAGUACUCUUACCAAUUUAACAGAUUCAUUUUCAGAGGUUCAAGGUGCUACUGAUACAGUAAUGCAAGAAAAGUGGUACCUUCCUCCAAAGCCUAUCACGAGCWCAGUUGGUGGACGUCAGGAAUCAUUUUCCAAURCCAGUGAAUUUCUAUUACAAGAUCGGAAAGGCGAUAAAUCUAGAGUGAAUUCAGAAAAURAAAGCCGACAGUUUUUGCGGACCAGCGCUCCGAAAACAGGGCCAACAUCGAAUACUCAAUCACCGAGCAACCUCCAAGGCUUAACAUCUAGUAGUAGCUCAGAGCUUUAUCAAUGGUUACCUCCUCCUAAGGCCAGUGUACAGUCCAUCAGUUCAGUUGACCAUMACAAACAAGGGUUACCGUUAGAUAUUCAGGCAGUUGAUAACUCCCAAAGCAGUAGCUCAGAACGUCAUCAGUGGAUACUUCCUCCUAAAGCAAGUUCGCAGUCAAUCGAGGCUCAAAGAGAUGAACUAAGAUUAGGUCCUCAAGAAGUUGGCAACGUUCAAAGUUCAACUUCUGCAAGUAGCAUAGAGCUUCAUCAAUGGCUGCUCCCUCCUACGGCAAGUGCGCARUCAAUCGGUUCAGAUGGRCAACARAAAGKAGGGUUAAGAUCGGCUAAUGAAGCAGAUAGUAACGUUCAARGCUCAACUUCUGGCCUCCACUCAGAGAUGCAUCMUUCAUMUWGGGMAAGYGUGCARMCAAUCKKUUCAGUUGAGCUACAAAAAGGAACAAGAUCAGAUACUCAAGUCGUAAGCAAUGYUACAACCUCCGGCAGUAGCUCACCGCUUCAAUGGAUCAUUCCUUCUAAAUCAAGCAUACAGUCAGUCAGUUCAUUGGACCCAGCUAAAAAUGUGUCAAGUUUGAAUGCUCAAGAAGAKGGUAAUGUGCAAAGCACCUCUGGUGGUAGCUCACCRAUUCACAAGUGGCUUUUUCCUCCUAAGUCAAGUACACAGUCUAUCAAUGAGCCAUUCACAAAAGGAGUCGACGCAGACAGACAGGUUGCAAGCGAUUACGAAUACCUUGGAGUCNCAUGA